AUGCAUUGGCAUCUCUCUCUGGUGGCAGCCCUAGCAGGCUGUGUUGUUCAGCCCGUUGUCGGCGUGCCUCACCCAACCCAGCAAGAAACAUGCAAAAAGACUAAAGUUGCUAUUCUAGGUGGUGGUGUCGCUGGAAUAACUGCUGCUCAAGCAUUGACCAAUGCAUCCGUGCAUGACUUCAUGAUCCUUGAGUACCGCGAUACCCUCGGAGGCCGAGCCUGGCAUAAGCCCUUUGGCAAGGACAAGGAUGGAAAGCCAUAUAAUAUUGAAAUGGGUGCCAAUUGGGCGCAAAAGUUCGGGCUGAAGACCCACUACUCUAACUACGAUAAUGUGUCCACUUACAAUAAGGAUGGCUACUCGGAUUAUAGCCAUUUGCUGGACUUGUAUGAGGAUGCAUAUGAUAUAGCGAGUCAGAAUGCCGGUGAGAUUCUCACGCAGAAUCUCCAGGAUCAGAAUGCCAAAUCAGGCCUCGCCCUCGCGGGUUGGAAUCCCAAGUCAACUGAUAUGGAAGCACAAGCGGUGGACUGGUGGUCGUGGGACUUUGAGGAUGCUUAUUCUCCUCUAGAGAGCUCUCUGGCUUUCGGCUGUGCAGGCGAUAACUUGACCUCAAACUAUUUCAGUGAUCAUGACAACUUUGUGCUUGAUCAGCGCGGUUUCAAUAUGAUUUUCAAGAAGAUGGCCGCGACUUUCCUGCAGAAGAAUGACCCUCGCCUUCACUUGAACACUCAAGUCACCAACAUCACCUAUUCAGACGACGGGGUGACAGUCCACAAUAAAGAUGGUAGCUGCGUAGAAGCAGACUAUGCAAUCGUCACAUUCUCUCUGGGAGUUCUUCAGAACGAUGCCGUCCAAUUCUCCCCCAAGCUCCCCGACUGGAAGCAGGAGGCUAUCCAGAAAUUCACCAUGGGAACCUAUACCAAGAUCUUCUUCCAGUUCAACGAGACAUUCUGGCCCUCAGAAACCCAGUACCAUCUCUAUGCGGACCCCGUCACCCGUGGCUGGUACCCGAUCUGGCAAUCUCUUUCCACUCCAGGCUUCCUCCCAGACUCCAACAUCAUCUUCGUGACCGUGACCAACGAGUUCGCCUACCGUGCCGAACGCCAAACCGACGAAGAAACCAAAAAGGAAGCAAUGGAAGUCUUACGCAAAAUGUUCCCCGAGAAAGAUAUCCCGGAACCGACUGCCUUCAUGUACCCACGCUGGACCCAAGAGCCUUGGGCCUACGGCAGUUACUCCAACUGGCCCCCCGCGACUUCUUUGGAGAUGCACCAGAACCUGCGCGCCAAUGCAGGCCGGCUUUGGUUUGCCGGUGAGGCGACUAGCCCGACAUUCUUUGGUUUCUUGCAUGGUGCAUACUUUGAAGGUCUGGAUGCCGGUCGACAAAUCGCCGCUGUGAUGCAGAACCGGUGUGUCAAUGCCAACUCUACUAAGUUGAGAGAGUGUGGUCCUCGCAAGCACUAUGAGACUCUUCAUGGCACCUCGCCGUAUUCUGACUAUACCAUGAUCAAUGGCUGGGCAGUCAACAGUUUCAUCGACACUAACACUGACUGA